AUGACUUCCGCACCCACAAUACAGCCCAAGUUCCUGCCCAACAAGCAUGACCUAGGCAUCGUCGCAGUCGGCUUCAGCGGCGGCCAGCCCAAAGCCGGCGUCGACGCCGCGCCCAUGGCCCUCAUCGAAAACGGCCUCAUCAAGCAACUAGAAGAAGACCUAGAAUUCAAAGUCAGCUACGACGGCCAAGUCCACAACUACUCCGAACUACAACCCGCCGACGACCCACCCCACCGCAAAAUGAAGCGCCCCAAAUUCGUCUCGGCUGUGACGAAGCAAGUCAGCGACCAAGUCUACGCCCACGCCAAAGCAGGGAAACUGGUUCUGACUCUCGGCGGCGACCACUCCAUCGCCAUCGGCACUGUUUCUGGGACUGCGAAGGCGGUAAGAGAGAGGCUGGGUAAGGAUAUUGCGGUGAUUUGGGUGGAUGCGCAUGCGGAUAUCAACACGCCUGAGUCGAGCGAAAGUGGCAAUAUUCAUGGUAUGCCGGUUAGCUUUCUGACGGGGAUUGCGGAGGAGAAGGAGAGGGAGGAUGUGUUUGGGUGGCUUACGAAGGAUCACUUGAUCAGUCCGAAGAAGUUGGUUUAUAUCGGGUUGAGGGAUAUCGAUAAGGGGGAGAAGGAUAUCUUGAGGAGGUGGGGCAUCAAGGCGUUUAGUAUGCAUGAAAUUGACAGGCAUGGUAUCGGCAAAGUCAUGGACAUGGCACUGGGCUGGAUCGGAAGCGACACGCCCAUUCACCUCUCCUUCGACGUCGAUGCUCUGGAUCCCAUGUGGGCACCUAGCACUGGCACGCCCGUUCGCGGUGGUUUGACGCUGCGCGAGGGUGACUUCAUCGCUGAGUGCGUUGCUGCGACUGGGCAGCUUAUUGCGCUGGAUCUUGUGGAGGUUAACCCUAGCCUUGAUGCUGAGGGUGCUGGUGACACUGUCCGUGCUGGUGUUUCCAUCGUUCGUUGCGCGCUUGGCGAUACCCUGUUGUAA